AUGGCCAUCCGCGUCUUGUUUCCCUCCUCCCAACCCCAACCCCAACCCCAUCUCCAACCGAGUAGGAGUAGCACGACGACUAGGAGGAGUAGCAGACAGCGGCGAGGAUUCUGCUGCUUCUGUUCAAGCACAAGCAGCGGCGGCGGCGAUGAGGUCUCCUCCAGCUCAUCGAUGAUGACUGUGUCCAUCACCGGAGCCACGGGGUUCAUCGGACGCAGGCUCGUCGACAAGCUCCUAUCCGAGGAUCACAAGGUGUGCGUCUUGACACGCUCCACCUCCAAGAACAAGGCCUCCUCUGUUUUCCCUGCUUCGAGGUAUCCGGGCGUGACCAUCGCGGACAAGGAGGGAGAUUGGGAGCGAUGCAUCAGGGACUCAACUGGUGUUGUCAACCUGGCAGGAAUGCCCAUCAGCACCAGGUGGUCACCAGAGGUUAAGAGCGAAAUUCUGCAGAGCCGAGUGAAUGUCACCUCAAAGGUACGUAGCUACUCUACUCUACUUGUACUGCAUCUGCAUCAUAUGUCUGUUGUGGAUCACAUCAAUACUAGCAGCAAUGGCAAUGGUCCCUCUGUUUUCGUCAGUGCAACAGCCGUCGGCUACUACGGCACCAGCGAGACGGACAGCUUCGAUGAAUCCAGCCCAUCAGGCAACGACUACCUGGCACAUGUAUGCCGAGAAUGGGAGGGCCGGGCACGGCAAGUGAAGCAGGAGCACGUCCGGCUGGUGCUCAUUCGGAUCGGAGUCGUCCUCGGCAAGGACGGCGGCGCUCUGGCCAAGAUGAUCCCCCUCUUCAUGAUGUUUGCCGGUGGGCCGCUCGGCACAGGAACACAAUGGUUCUCUUGGAUUCAUUUGGACGACCUGGUGGAUCUCAUCUACGAGUCCCUGCGGAACCCGGCCUACACGGGCAUCAUCAACGGCACGGCGCCCAACCCGGUGCGGCUGUCGGAGCUGUGCGACCGGCUGGGGCAGGUGGUGGGGCGCCCGUCCUGGCUGCCGGUGCCGGGGCUGGCCAUCAAGGCUCUGCUGGGAGAAGGCGCGACGGUGGUGCUGGAUGGUCAGAAGGUGCUCCCGGCCAAGGCCACCCAGCUCGGCUUCUCCUACCGCUACCCCUACGUUCGAGAUGCGCUCAAGGCCAUCGCCAAACAACUCUAG